AGACUCCUCUUCCUUCUUCUAAUUUCAGUUCCCUAUACUCUCUCGGAGUUCGAUACUGUGCUCUGUCUGUCUUUGGUUCUUGGUACGGCUUUGCAUUCGGAACACUCAAAGACUUCCAAGGGCAACACAGAUCAAAACCCGAGGCUUCUUUGUGAUGCCUAAUGAGGUUCCGUUAUGACAAUGAAUAUCGUGACUGUUUGUCAAACGUGUGGUGGUAAGAGUGAGAAAUUCUCCGUGGCUUUGGUUUAUUGCGAUAAAUGUCGGGCUCAUGCUGUGCAUUGCUAUUGCUUGGAUGUUUUGCCCGAAACUUUUGAUGAAUAUGUGGUUUGGUUUUGUGAGGAUUGUGGACCAAAGGCUCUUGACAUAAGUACCUCUGCUAGAGUCGGUGGAAGCGAGCAUGCAAGUUUGGAAAACAUUGUAGGGAAGAAGAGGAAACAAGUGAAAGUACAGAAGAAAAAGCAGAAGACUAAGAAGAUAAAAUGCAUUACCAGCUCAUUUGACAAACCUAGCUGUCUACGGUCCACAGAAAGCGACAUUGAAACGUUGAAAAGUAUCCUAUUGGAGCAGAAGAAGAAGAAGAAGAAAUUUUGGAAAAGACUGAAGAGGAAUAAGAAGAAAAAAUUCAUUGACAGGUCACUGGGUGAGUCUGAAGGGCGGACACUUGAACCUAACCCUUCCUUUCAACUCGUUGGGGUGAAUUGUACCAAUAGUAAUGAGAGACUUCAGGACGUUGAGAGACAAAUGGGAUUGGAUGGGGAUAUUCUUGAUGAAGACACUGCUUUUGUAGCCAUUCAUGAAGAAACUGAACCUGUCAAGUGUCCCACUAUGAGUGAUGAGAAAGACCAGAGGUUUCAGAGUCAGAUAGAAUCCGAUUUUGGUACCUUUUUUAGUCAUUGCACAGGGAAUGGUGCAAAAGAUCAGAGGUUUGGGAGGCAGAAAGGAUCAAAUAGGAACAAUACUAAUGACGAAAUUGAAUCAGGCGAAAUUAUAGAGUCAAAGGAAGCUAUUACCAACCCUUCAGAUAGUCCAGAGUGCUGUUUUUGUAAUCAGCUGAUAAUUAGUGAAGAGGGAGAGUUCGUUAGUCUUUGCACUGGGAAUGGUGAGGAAGAUCAGAGGCUUACGGGACAUGAAGGAUCAUUUGGGUGCGACACUGAUGAAGUAACUGAAUCCGGCGAAAUUAAAGAGUCCAAGGAAACAAUUACUGACCCUUCAGAUAGUGCAGAGAGUUAUCUUAGUGCACAGCCGAUAAUUUGUGAAGAGGCAGACUUUGUUAAUCACUGCACUUGGAAUGGUAAGAAAGAUCAGAGGCUUGUGAGACAGAAAGGAUCAAAUGGGAAUGUCAUAGAUAAAGAAACGGGAUCUGGUGAAAUUAGAAUCUGUAAGGAAGAUAUUGUUGACCUUUCAGACACUGCAGAGAAGAGCUCUGUUUGUGUACUGCCAAUAAUUGAUGAAGAAGCAGAGUUUUUUAAUCGUUGCACUAGGAAUGAUGAGAGAGAUCAGAGGCUUGGGAGUCCAAAGGUAUUAAAUGGGAACAUCGCCAAUGAAGAAACUGUAUCUGGCGAAAUUAAAAUCUCUAAGGAAGCUAUUACUGAUCUGUCACAUAUUGCAGAGGAGAGAUGCAUUCAAGCACAGCCUAUAAUUGAUGAAGAGGCAGAGGUUGUCAGUUAUUGCACUAAGAUUGAUGAGAAAGAUAAUAGGCUUGGGAGACAGGAGGGAUCAAAUGGAAAUGGCACAGAUGAAGAAACUAAAUCUAGCGAAAGUAGAAUCUGUAAGGAAGCUAUUAUUGACUCUUCAGUUAUUAUGGAGAAGAGUUGUGCUCGUGCGCAGCUGACAAUUGAUGAGGAAGCGGAUUUUGUUAAUCAUUGCACUGGGAACGAUGAAAAGGAUCAGAGGCUCCGAAGUCAGAUGGUAUCAAAAAGGAACCUUGCUGAUGAAGAAUCUGAAUCUGGUGAAAUUAAAAUCUUGAAGGAAGCUAUUACCAACCCUUCAGAUAUUGCAGAGGAGAGAUGUGUUCUGGCCCUGUCGAUGAUUGAUGAAGAAGUAGAGUUUGUUAAACAUCUAACUAGAAAUGUUGAGAAAGAUCGGAGGCUUGGGAUACACAAGGGAUCAAAUGGGAAUGGCAUAGAUGAUGAAACUGAAUCUGAUCAAAUUAAAAUCUCUGAGGAAGCUUCUAUUGACCGGUUAGAUAUUAUGGAGAAGAGCUGUGUUUGUGUUCUGCCGAUAUUUACUCCCAUCUGGAGGGGAAGUUUAAGCAUUGUCAAUGAAAAUUUUGGUACUCUUGAUGAAGUUGUAGCGCAUCUGUCUACCUUAGCAUGCUCCAAAGUAAUUCAAGAGGCGAAGUUGUUACCAGGAUUGCUUUCGGCAGAGUUGCUUCCUCGGUCUACGGUGUGGCCAAAAAGGUUCGUGAAGUGGGGGCCUGUUGGCGACAGUAUUGCUCUUUAUGUCUUUCCGGACAGUGAAAGAGAUGAAAGGAUUUAUGAGAGUUUAGUGCAUGCCAUGAUCUGCCAAGACCUUUGCAUGAGAGCUGUUGUUCAAAAUGCAGAGAUGUUAAUAUUUGCCUCCACCUUGCUACCAAAGUUUUAUUGGAAAUCCGGGCCAAAGUUCUACUUGUGGGGAGUAUUUCAGAGCAAAGCAAGAUUCUCGUGUAGCUGAGGAUAUAUAUGGUUCCUCUAGUGGGGUGAGAUGUGAUGAAAACCUUAACCUGUUAUAGACGAGGUCCUAUCGGUUGUCUAAGCAAUGAUAGCUAUUGUCGAAGUUGAUUAUCUCCCCUUGUUUUAUGCCAGUGUUAAGGUCUAUCCAGCAGAAGAAGUAUAGCGGGCCUUUUGUCUAGUUUUCUCAUUUUACCUUUUUGGGGAUGGGGGUUCCUGUAGUGGCCUCACCACUGUUAACAAGAAAAUAUGAUCCAAUGGUUCUUUAUUUUUCAACUUAAAAGUCUUAAAACUAUUUUUCUUUUACUUUUUUUUUUCUUUACUUUUUUUAACUGAAAAAUAAGAUCCGUUGGAUCAUAUGUGGGGGGCCACUACAAGGCACUCUGAAUCCUGAUUCCGUUCUUGGUGGCUGUUCAGCCUUGUAUCGUGGAGGCCUAGAAUGACACAAGAAGAGCAGUAGAGGAGAAUUACAUGAGAUCUCUUUUGGCUCUCGAGGACCAUUUCGAGCUGCAAAUUUUCUUGUGUCCCAAUUUUGGACAGUAAUGGCGUUGCCAUUUAUUAAGGUUGUGUUUGGUAUCA